CUCCACCACCGCUGUCGCUCCUGUGUCCUCUCCGCCGCCGUCACUGUACAACACAACCCCACACCACGCCUCUCAUCUACCACCGCUGUAGCUCCUCGCACGGAUCCAGACAGAGCGCCCAUGGCGGAGGCCGCAAGUGCAGCUGGAGCGACGCCACUACUCCCUGGCCUCCCCGAUGAGAUCUCCAUCUGGGAGAUUCUCGUCCGCCUGCCCCCCAAACUCCUCCUCCGCUGCCGCGCCGUCUGCCCCGCCUGGCGCCGCGCCACCUCCGCCCGCGACUUCCUCCUCGCCCACCACGCCCGCCAGCCCGCCCUCCCCCUCCUCUACUGUCGCAGUGGCAAUGGCUCGUCCAUAGACAUCAUCCCCUGCGACCAUCAGGCAGCCGACGAGCUCCGGUCAGUUGCCCGACUUGAUGGCGCCCCCGGCAUCUUUCUGCAGGCCUGCUGUGACGGCCUCCUCAUCUUGGGCACAUGGAAUAAGACGGAUGAAGGCUACGCUAUGAUGGCCUCCAUCUGCAACCCGGUCACUCGGCAAUAUGCUCCCGUACACCAGCUUGAUGGCUUUACCUUCUUGGGGAUGUACCCACACUGCCCUACCGACGAGUACCGACUAUUGCUCUACCUGGCCCCGAGGUUCAAGGAUGAUGCUCAAAGUGGCUCCUACAUCUUCACGUUAGGCUCCGACCAGCCGCCGAGACACAUAGGGUGCCGUGAUGCCAAGGAAUUGCUGCAUUCCCCCAGAUCUGUCCAUUUUCAUGGUAGCCUGCAUUGGCAUACAGAGCGGCUAAUAAUGGUAUUUGACACCACCUCAGAGUCGUUCCGGCAGAUGCGCUCCCCAAUUGUUCCUGACCAUGUCAUUGGCGACCUGUUUGAGAUGAGUGACAUGCUUGGCAUGUUCAGUCUUAAUGCUGAAGAGACAAUUGUUGAUAUCUGGGUGAUGCUGGACUAUGAGAGCCAAGUCUGGGCCUCCAAAGGCCGGGUUGAGUUGCCGAUUUCAGGGAUUAGGUUGCAAUUAGAAAAGUUUGACACUUGGUUGGAUCUGGUGGCCGCAUCUUGGAACGGUGAUGACGUGCUCAUGAUGGUCAAAUUUGAAGACGACUCCCUACUUCAGAUUGACAUUGAUGGCAAGUUGGUUGCUAGUCUCCAUCGCCGACUCCUCUAUCCUACUCGACUUCGGCUCAAACAGUCUCUAGUUUCACAUACCUUCUUUCCGACUCUAGAGGGUUAUGUUGUCAAUGCUUUGCCUUUCAUCUGACCAGAUGAUUAUGUUGUCAAUAUUUAGCCUUUGAACUGGGGGCAGCUAAGAGAGUUGGUGCUUCAUAUCGGUCUAGGUCUCCGUAUCCAUGUGAGCUGCAGUAUGUAUUAACUAGACACUCUACCAGCCCACUAGUUUUCUUUGCUGAUGUAUAAAA